AUGUCUAUCCAAGCCGCACCUCUCCCUCAGCUUCCUCCAACUGGCCCUAAGUCAAAUUACAAGUACCAUCCAGGACGGUACCAGCCUACGUUACCUCGGCUACCCGACACGGCCAGACAUAUUUUCAGGGACUACUCAUUGAUUCCUGAAGACGAGAUCCUCAACCAUAUCUACCGAGUAAGGGACAAAGCAUGGGAUAUUCUGCCAUAUCCCUGCAUCGGGGUAUUCCGAUUCCUUGACUUUGGCGCCAACCUCUCUCCGAUAUACCCCGAGGUAGUUCAGCGCAUGCGCAAUGGACAAACCUUUCUUGACCUUGGGUGCUGCUUCGGACAGGAUAUCCGCAAGCUAGUCAGCGAUGGGGCGCCGUCGGAGAACAUCAUCGGCGCGGACUCCGAAGGACGGUUUAUCGAGCUAGGCUACGAGCUGUUCAAAGAUAGAGACACACUGAAAGCGCACUUCUACACGCAGAGCAUCUUCGACGAAGAUUUCCUGUCCGAAUGGCACGGCAAAGUCGACAUGAUCUACAUCGGAGCGUUCCUGCACCUGUUUGACUUCGAAAAACAGAAGAAGAUCAUGGGACAGCUGGUAAAGUUGCUUCGGAAGAGGCCUGGAUCUCUGGUAUUUGGGCGUAAUAUUGCGGCGGAGAAGGGCGGUGAUUAUCGUAUGGAGUCUUUCGAUUGGGACUUGUUUCGGCAUAGCCCCGAUACAAUGCAGUUGCUGUGGGACCAGGCACCUGAGGGGGAAUGGGGCGUUAAUUCUGAGUUAAUGCCGUAUCGGUCUGAGGGGUGGGAUAGCCAGCAUAGGGGGUGGGAGGGGGAGGAGACGAAGGAGAUGAGGUUUGUGGUCACCAGAUUGUGA